CUUUGAGACAAAGAGACAGUUCACUCCCAGAGAUGCUCUAGUGUCUGGUGCUAGAAGAGUGAAUUAAUGCUUCCCUGCUGCCCCUCCCACAGAAUCCAGCUCUCAUGGGAUUCGGUUCCAAGGAACUCAGAAUCCUCAUGCUCCAGGCUGGUAGGAACUGGAGUCACAGGAUACACCAUCAUGCCCAGUGCCAUGGUUUUCUUUGUUUGCUGCUUUUGAUUUCUCUAAGCACAAGAGAAAGUGUUCUCUUCCUGGAUCCCUGAAGAUGACUGGCAACAAGUGAGUGUUACACUUUGUCUGUGGCUUCUGGAUCGGCAUUUGUCACCUCUGCCUACCUCCAUGGCUGAUGAAGGAAGGAGUUGGGUCUUAUGUGACUUGAGCUUCAUUGACACAUCUUGGUGUCAGAGGAUCCUGAAAUGUCCUCCAAGAGAAGAAGGGGGGCAGAGCAUAAAACAGUAACUGAGCCAUGGAGAUUGAAUGAGACAGUGUGGCCUGCUGCAUGUGAUGGUGAAAAUCCCGUGGGGAAGCUUCUAACCUCAGACGGCCUGGGAAGGCCCCGGGAGUGAUCUUUACACCGACACCUAAAUCAAGAGAAAGUAGACUCGUGAAGGGCUUGAGGAAGAGUCUAUCUGGACAAGAGACAGCAAAGCAAGGCGCCUUGCCAGCCGAAGGACUUAGCCUGGGAGGUUGAAGGAUCCGGACCUUCCUCCAAACAUGGUUCCCUAAGCAGAAGAUACCCCUCAGUGUCUGCCUGCCCCAUCUAAAGUCCCCAGCUACAGCGAUAAUCAAACUCUAGCGGAGGAGGAUGCUGCUUUAGGAUGGGAAGGGAAACGGGUUGGAGUGAAACUGAAAGGAAGGCUCCCUUCCUGUCCCUGGGAAAGCCGGCAGAUCGGCUAAGAGGGCCGACAACAGCCCAGAAGAAGGGAGAUUUUUGGAAAGCUGAAUGAGAAGGGACCCUGUGACCCACAGACUUUCAUUUCUCCUAAAUACUGGGUGACGUAGGCAGCCACAGGACCAGUGAAAAGGGGAAGCCCAGAGUUUCUUAAGCUGAAAAGGGGACAGAGACUAAGCUGGGAGGGAGAGCCAGAGGGGACUCAGGGAGGAAGAGAAGCAGUCAGGCAAAGAGUGCUGUGUGGAGGAGGUGGCAGGGCCAGGGGAGACACUGAGGCCCAGGUGAUAAGAGAAGGGGACAACGGUUGAGAAAGGGCAACCAAAGGGGGAGACUAGCAGGAAGGGGGGAGGGGAUAGAGAAGUGGAGCAAGCAGGAUGGUUGGGUGGCGUUGGGAGGGUAGACUAGGCCAGAGUGGAGGAAGGAGAGAAGACGACUAGGUAGAAAGCACGGGGUAGAUGAACAAGAACUGGGAGUGGAAGGAGAGGGUGAAGAAUUAAGGUGGAGAUAGAAACUAGGUUGCAAGGAGAGGAACCUGAGGGAAAAAGAGGAGACAGGGUUGAGAAAAGAGGGCAAUCGGGGUUAAGAGAGAAGAGGGGAGGACAAAGGAAAGAGUCUGGGUCACGGAGACAGGAAGCCCACGAUGUCCGCACUUCGCGCCGAACAGCAGCCAAGCAGAUCCGGAGAGAGGCAACCACUGGUGGCUCAAGGCCGGUGGGGGCCCCGACGGUGGAGGCGGACAGCAGCUGCUGCGGUGCUGCUAGUGGAGAUGCUGGAACGCGCUGCCUUCUUUGGCGUCACCUCCAACCUCGUGCUCUACCUCAACAGCUUGAACUUCAACUGGGAUGGUGAGCACGCGUCGCGGGCCACACUCCUCUUCUUAGGCGCCUCCUACCUGCUGGCUCCGGUGGGAGGCUGGCUGGCCGACGUGUACCUGGGCCGUUUCCUUGCUAUUUCGCUCAGCCUGCUGCUCUACCUGGCUGCCACUGGCUUGUUGCUCACCACCAUCACCGACGAUGGCCGCAGAUCCUUCUGUGGAGAGAUGCCCGAGUUGCCACUGAAACCUGCCUGUCCAUCCGCAAACUGCCAAGGCUCCUGGUCCAGCCCCUACUGCGCGACCACCCUCUACUUAGUGUUGCUUCUCUUGGCGCUGGCUGCCAGCUCCGUCAGGAGCAACCUCACCUCGUUCGGGGCCGACCAGGUGAUGGAUCUCGGCCGUGAUGCCACCCGCCGCUUCUUCAACUGGUUCUAUUGGAGCAUCAAUCUGGGUGCCAUUCUGUCCCUGCUGGUGGUGGCCUUCAUCGAACAGAACAUCAGCUUCCUACAGGGCUACAGCAUCAUCGUGGGCCUCGUGGGCCUGGCAUUCUUCAUUUUUCUCAUCGCCACACCCGUCUUCAUCACCAAGCCCCCAACAGGCAGCCAAGUGUCAUCUAUGCUGAACCUUGCAUUCCAAAACUGCUGUCCCGGGUGGCAGUGGUGGCGGAGGCCCUCUUCCAGGAACUCUGAAGGUGCUCACCUGUUGCCUGACCAGAGGUCUAACCAGCCUGGACCUUCUCCACAAGAAGAUAUGGCCAACUUCCAGGUGCUGUUGAAGGUCCUGCCUGUGAUGGUGACCCUUGUGCCUUACUGGAUGGUGUAUUUCCAGAUGCAGUCCACCUAUGUCCUACAAGGUCUCCACCUCCAUAUCCCCAACAUCUUCCGCACCAACCCUAACAUCUCUUUGCCACUGAGAUCGGAUAGCAGUAACUACAGGAUCCCAGAAGCCUGGCUCCUGCUGGCCAAUGUUGCAGUGAUACUGAUUCUGGUCCCUGUCAAGGACCACUUGAUUGAUCCUCUGCUGCUGCGGUGUAAGCUGCUGCCCUCGGCUCUGCAGAAGAUGGCGCUGGGCAUGUUCUUUGGGUUCACUUCCAUCAUCGUGGCAGGAGUCCUGGAAAAAGAGCGCUUGCAGUACAUUGCUGCCAACCAGACAGUGCCUCAGCUGAUUGGGAAGGACUUAUACUAUGCGGCACCACUGUCCAUCUGGUGGCAAAUCCCCCAAUACCUGCUCAUCGGGAUCAGUGAGAUUUUUGCCAGCAUCCCAGGUCUGGAGUUCGCUUACUCGGAAGCCCCACGCUCCAUGCAGGGCGCAAUCAUGGGCAUCUUCUUCUGCCUUUCGGGGGUAGGUUCACUGCUAGGCUCUGGCUUGGUGGCCCUACUGUCCCUUCCUGGAGGCUGGAUGUACUGCCCCAAGGACUUCGGGAACAUCAACAACUGUCGUAUGGACCUUUACUUCUUCCUGCUAGCCGGCAUUCAGGCUGUCACAGCUGUCCUGUUUCUCUGGAUUGCUGGUCGUUAUGAGAGGACUCGUCAGGACCCAGACUCCCAGAACUCAACCAGCAGAGUCAGGGGCUGAAAUGGUCUCCACCCACCCUGAUAGAGAGUGUCACAGCAGUACCAGCCAUGCCCAUUCUUUUAUCAUUUAUUCUGUACCCAACAUUAGAAUGAAGUGGUUCCCAUAAAUAAGGGGCAUGCGCCCUCCCUCUUGA